CAUUGGCGAAAUAUCACUCAAGUUCCGGGGUCGGUCCAGUAGGUUGUAUACAGUAAAAAAAAGAAUCAAUAUUGAGUCGUUUUAACAUUAUUACACACUCGCCUUGCACGGCAAAAAUAUUUCCAAAGUUUAUCUAAGAUUGUUGGAAUUCCGAACAUAUCUCCAAGAGGACGUCAAAGACGAUGAAUUUCUUCAGGGGAGUGAUGGGUGGACAGACAGCGGGGCCGCAGCCGACUGGAGCGGAGACGAUCCAGAAGCUGUGCGACCGCGUGGCUUCCUCGACCCUCCUGGAAGACCGGCGGGAUGCGGUCCGCGCCCUCAAAGCCCUCUCAAAGAAAUAUCGCUUGGAAGUUGGCACCCAGGCUAUGGAUCACCUAAUUCACAUCCUGCAAACAGACAGGUCCGACUCCGAAAUCCUCGGUUACGCUCUGGACACUCUGUACAAUAUAAUCUGCAAUGACGAGGAGGAGGAACAAGACGAAUCUGAAGACAUGAUGGCCUCUCCCCAUAUCCCUGUUUCUGGGAGGAAUAAGAUCGUGCCUGUGCCGGAUGAGAACACUCAGAAGCAGGAAGAAGAUCUGGGAGUCCUAUUCACCGAAAAGUUCCUCAGGGACUCUGAGAGCGUCACACUUCUACUGACACUAUUGGAGGAAUUUGACUUCCACGUGCGCUGGCCAGGGGUCAAGCUGCUGACCGCUCUGCUGAAGAACCAGUGUAGUCAGGUCCAAGGGGUCAUCCUGGUCAGCCCUAUGGGUGUUUCUAGACUGAUGGACCUUUUAGCCGACUCAAGAGAAGUGAUCCGCAACGACGGUUUGCUGUUGCUGCAACACCUGACUAAAGGCAACGCGGCCAUUCAGAAGAUCGUGGCUUUCGAAAACGCUUUUGAGCGCCUGCUGGACAUCAUCACGGAGGAGGGCAGCAGUGAUGGGGGCAUUGUGGUGGAGGACUGUCUCCUGUUGCUCCUCAACCUCCUGAAGAACAACAGCUCCAACCAGAACUUCUUCAAGGAGGGCUCCUACAUCCAGAGGAUGAAGCCCUGGUUUGAGGUGGGCGACGACAACUCCGGCUGGUCUGCCCAGAAGGUCACCAAUCUCCACCUCAUGUUGCAGUUGGUGCGGGUCAUGGUGUCCCCAGGGAACGCCCCCGGAGCCUCCAGCAGCUGUCAGAAGGCCAUGUACCAGUGCGGCCUCCUGCAGCAACUCUGCACCAUCCUCAUGGCCACGGGUGUACCUGCAGACAUACUCACUGAGACCAUCAACACUGUGUCAGAGGUGAUCCGCGGCUCUCAGACCAACCAGGACUACUUUGCGUCGGUCAACGCCCCCUCGAACCCCCCCAGGCCUGCCAUAGUGGUGCUGCUGAUGUCCAUGGUGAACGAGAGGCAGCCGUUUGUGCUGCGCUGCGCUGUGCUCUACUGCUUCCAGUGUUUCCUCUACAAGAACCAGAAAGGCCAAGGGGAGAUUGUGGCCACGCUGCUGCCCUCCACCAUCGACGCCAACUCGAUCUCCGCCGGCCAGCUGUUGUGCGGGGGUCUCUUCUCCGCCGACUCCCUGUCCAACUGGUGUGCUGCCGUGGCCCUGGCCCACGCCCUGCAGGACAACCUGACCCAGAAAGAGCAGCUCCUCCGGGUGCAGCUGGCCACCAGCCUGGGCAAACCCCCGGUCUCCCUACUGCAGCAGUGCACCAACAUCCUGUCACAGGGCGAUAAGAUCAACCGGCGGGGCAGUAAAGUGCAGACGCGGGUCGGACUCCUCAUGCUCCUCUGUACCUGGAUCAAUAACUGCCCCAUCGCCGUCACGCACUUCCUGCACAACCAGGAGAAUGUCCCCUUCCUGACCGGCCAGAUCUCGGAGAACCUGGGGGAGGACGAGAGGUUGGUUCAGGGCCUGUGUGCCCUCCUGCUGGGCAUCUGCAUCUACUACAACGACAACUCUCUGGAGAACUACACCAAGGAGAAGCUGAAGCAGCUGAUUGAAAAGCGCAUCGGGAAGGAGAACUUUGUGGAGAAGCUGGGCUUUGUCACGAAACACGAGUUAUACUCCCGCGCCGCCCAGAAGCCACAGCCUGUCUUCCCCUCCCCAGAACAAAUGCUGUUCGACCACGAGUUCACGAAGCUGGUCAAAGAACUGGAAGGCAUUAUAACGAAAGCGGUCCACAAGUCGAGCGAGGAGGAGAAGAAGGAAGAGGAGGUGAAGAAGACACUGGAGCAGCACGACAGCAUCGUCACCCAGUACAAAGACCUGAUCAGGGACCAGGACGCCCAGAUCCAAGAGCUCAAAGAGCAGGUGUCCACCUUGUCCAUGAACAAUGAGCAGAUGCAGACCCAAAUCACACAGCAGCAGUCUCAGAUCCAGCAGCAUAAAGACCAGUACAACAUCCUCAAGCUGAAGCUAGGUAAAGAUCCCCAGGGUCCGUUCACCCAAGGUGAGGGCGCCCAAGUCAACGGUCUGAACACAGAGGAGCUGGGCCAGCUCAGAGAGGAGGUGGAGGAGCUCCGCAGGCAGCACACACUGCUCCACACCCAGCUCAGCGAAAAGGACACACUCAUCAACACACUGAGGUCUGGGACUGCCGAAUCACAGACGGCGGACAUGGCAGCAGGAGGGUCUGUGGACACAGAGCGACUCAGGGAGCUGGAGUUGUUGAGGAGUCAGGUCCAGUCACAGUGUGCAGAGAUCAGCCAACUACAGACGGAGAGGCAGGAGCUCAUCAGAAGAGCCGAGGCCACGCCCUUGGCGCCCAGCAGUGGGAGCUCAGCAGACGAUGCUAAAGCGGCCGAACUGGAGAGCAGGCUGGCAGCUCAGAACACAGAGACGGAGAGACUCAAGGAGGAGUGCCGCGGCCUGAGGGAGCGCUGUGCAGGGCUGGAGCAGCAGUUGGCGACGGCCCAGAGCACGGUGGCCAUCGAGCAGACGGAGAAGGCCAAGCUUCAGCAGGACGUGCAGGAGUCCAAGAAGGAGCAGGACGACCUCCUCAUGCUGCUCGCCGACCAGGACCAGAAGAUCCUCAGCCUUAAACAGAAGCUCAAAGACCUGGGAGAGACGGUUGAUGAAGACGAAGAGGACGACUUGGACGCCAGGGACCUCGAUGAAGACGAGGAUGAUGACUAGGGACGGACUGAUAAAAGACAAACGGAAGGAUGGAUAUGUGGCAAGUGAAAGGCAAAAAUGCCAUUGGCUCGUUGGUGACGUCGUUCUAAUAAACAAUUAGGAAAAUGGAAGAAUAUGACUAAACCUAGGUUCUCUGUUUAUCGCUCCAGCCCGUCAUACCCUCUUUAUGUCUACAGCCCCCUUCAUCACUCCCACAUCGGGUAAUCCAUUUUAAUGUGUACAUGAUUUUAUUCCAAGAUGAAAGUAACACCACCAACACGAUUGUCAACCGCAUCGUUAAUCACACGCCCAGUGCGUUCGUCUCUCAUCUUCUACCGUACGAGGAGCCCGGCGAGACACUGCUCCCUGCCUUUCAGGCCUUUUGUUUGUACUAGCUGAGUCACCUUGAGGCUCUGCAGUAUGACAUUCAACAGCUAGGCUAGGCUAGGUCUUGUUUUUUUUUUUUUUUUUUUUACCACACAAUGUUCUUAGUCUGAAAAACAUUACUCAAGGCAGUGGAGAAAGAGAGAGAGAGAGAGAGAGAGAGAGAGAGAGAGAGAGAGUGACUGAAGCACAGGAAGGAUGGACAGAUCCGGCGAACGAACUAGCGGACGCUCUUAUUUGAUGACGCCCCUCCCGUUACCAUGGUAACUACACUGGAGACCACCAGUUGAAGACCUGUAUGGAUCCUGGAGGCUUGAUGUCCUUAUACAUACCCCCCCCCCUCCCCCAGGGCACCUGUUCUUUCAGUUGUGUCAGUGCUCUAUUUACAACACUGAUAACUGUUUCCAAUUUGAGUUUGAACUCCAACUGCAGUUCUGCUUUUUCAAUAUGCUGCAACGAUAGAAAAAGAGGUAAAAAAAAAAGUUAUUUUUGCAACUUUUCUAUCUGGCAUUCAGCUUCUGUAUGAUUCUUGUGUAACUUAUCGAUUUAUGAGCCUCAUUGAAAUAGGUAAAAAAUAAAGAAUAUAUGAAUCUAAAA